GAAAACCCACACAAAAUUUAAGCGACUUCAUAACCUACCAGAUUUAUCAUGCUAACACUGAAUAAAACGGACCUAAUACCAGCUUCAUUUAUUCUGAGUGGAGUCCCAGGCCUGGAGGACACACAGCUCUGGAUUUCCUUCCCAUUCUGCUCUAUGUAUGUUGUGGCUAUGGUAGGCAACUGUGGACUCCUCUACCUCAUUCGCUACGAGGAUGCCCUGCACAAACCCAUGUACUACUUCUUGGCCAUGCUUUCCUUUACUGACAUUGUCAUGUGUUCUAGUACAAUCCCUAAAGCCCUCUGCAUCUUCUGGUUUCACCUCAAAGACAUUGGAUUUGAUGAAUGCCUUGUCCAGAUGUUCUUCAUCCACACCUUCACAGGGAUGGAGUCUGGGGUGCUUAUGCUUAUGGCCCUGGAUCGCUAUGUGGCCAUCUGCUACCCCUUAUGCUAUUCAACCAUCCUCACCAAUCCUCUCAUCACAAAGGUUGGGCUUGCCACCUUCCUGAGAGGGGUACUACUCAUUAUUCCCUUUACUCUCCUCACCAAGCGCCUGCCCUACUGCAGAGGCAAUAUAAUUCCCCAUACCUACUGUGACCACAUGUCUGUAGCCAAAUUGUCCUGUGGUAAUGUCAAGGUCAAUGCCAUCUACGGUUUGAUGGUUGCCCUCCUGAUUGGGGGCUUUGACAUACUGUGCAUCACAGCCUCCUAUACCAUGAUUCUCCGGGCAGUGGUCAGCCUCUCCUCAGCAGAUGCUAGACAGAAGGCCUUUAAUACCUGCAGUGCCCACAUUUGUGCCAUUGUUUUCUCCUAUACUCCAGCUUUCUUCUCCUUCUUUUCCCACCGCUUUGGGGAACACACAAUCCCAGCUUCUUGCCACAUCAUUGUAGCCAAUAUUUAUCUGCUCCUACCUCCCUCUAUGAACCCUAUUGUCUAUGGGGUGAAAACCAAACAGAUACAAGACUGUGUCAUAAGGAUCCUUUCGGGUUCUAAGGAUACCAAAUCCUAUAGCAUGUGAAUGAACACUUGGCAGGAGUGAGAAGAAAAGAAUAGAAUUACUUCUAUUUGCCUUUUAUGCAGGAGCUGAUAAAAUCUUUCUGGAAGUACUACAUAAAGGAGUUUGUUGGCUGGUGCUUUCUCAGUAAAUACCUUGGGAAGCUCAACAUCCCUGGCAUGUCCACCAACGUUUCAAUAUAUUUGUUACCUUCUCACUCUUGUGAAGGACCAGUCUAAUAAUUAAACCAUAUUCCCUUCAACGAAACCUAGGGAGUACAUUUUUUAUGAAAAGACAAACCUAAGUAGAAGGAGAUGAUCUGAGUCCUCUUUUCAGUAUCAUGAUUUUCAGCUUAACAGCCAGUUACUACUUUUGUCUGGAAAACAUGAGCUAUGUAUUUCUCAUAAUGAUCAAAAACCUCUGUUUCUUCAUUGACAUUUUCCUGAAAAAGAAUCUAGAAUGUAUCCCAUAAAGUCAUUAAUAUAAUGAGUUUUAAGUCUCUAAGCAUCUAACUAAAAUAAUAUUAGGCUGAAUAGGUCACAUAAUUAUUUCACAACAGAACAAAGAGAUAUUUCGUUUUCUUUAAAGGGGCUUUUAAAAAAGCAUAGAGUCUGGAAAGAGAGAUAGAUCGCCUAACAAAAAAACAAAAACAAAAACAAAAAA